CGAAGUGAGUCAGAGUCAUAGAGCCAUGUCAUAACAUAAUGUCAACAUUAUAGGCUUUUAACUAAUACAAAGUAUUAAUUAUUUAUUUAAAUAUGGAUAAUAUGAGUUUAAAAGAAAUACAAAGCAAAUUGUUGCUUUGGGAAGGUUCAGACAAUGCUUUGGCUCCACUUACUUCAGACCAAAGGGAAGCAAUACUCGAUUUAGAAGCACUUAUACUCGGUGGAUCAAAUGAAGUCAAAGAAGAAAAACCUCAAACAAAAUUAAGUAAUAAUAAAGAAAAUGCUUUAGUCCCUUCUGUGGAUACAACAUAUGAAUUUCUGGAAUGGUAUGAGAGUUUAUGUAAUAAUACUAUAAAGGCUGAUGAUGCACCAUAUGAAACAUAUUACAAACAGUUGGAAGAAAGAAGAAAUGAGUGUGUUUCAUUAACAGAUCAGAUUGAUGCAACAAUGGCAGAUUUGAAUAAAUUGUCCGAACAGUAUGAGUUAGUCUCAAAUAAAACAAAUGCAUUACAUAUAAUGAGUGAGCAACUGUUGGCUGAUCAAAAUAAACUGUCCAGCAUUGGUGAAGACAUAAAAAACAGGUUGCAUUAUUUUACACAAGUGGAGCACUUGUCUCAACGACUGAAUAGCCCCACAAUGUCUGUGAACAGUGAGACAUUUUUCAUUGUUCUUGCAAAGAUUGAUGAAUGCUUGGACUAUAUGAAAAAUAAUAACACCUUCAAGGAAUCACAUACCUACCUAGUCAAGUACAGGCAUCUACAAAAUCGUGCUAUUUCGCUUAUCCGGUCUUACGUCACUCAUGUGCUAAACCAUGCCACGGAACAAGUGCUAUCUCCUACAGAUGAGGAUCAGACAGACCAAGAGACAAUUGACACAGCAUAUGCUGUGUACUUUGGCAAGUUUCAAGCUGCUGCGCCGAAAUUGAAAUUAGUUAUAAGUGAAAUAGAAAAGAGGGCAGAAGUAAAUACAGAGUACGCGCACGUGCUGUCGGAGGUGCAGCAGGCGUACAGCGAGCGGCGCGGGCGCGUGGCGGGUGCGGCGGCGGCGGCGGCGCUGGCGGCGGCUGCGCGCGCGCACCGGCGCGACCACUGCGGCCUGCUGCGCGCCGCCUGCUCGCUGCUCGCGCACGCCUGCCGCGACGAGUGCGCCCUCUACGACCACUUCUUCCAGCGCACCUCGCCAGCGCUCGAGGAAUAUCUCCAAUCACUAUGCAACGGACUGUACGAAACACUACGACCCCAUAUCAUUCACAUUAAUCAUUUGGAGACGCUCGCGGAAUUGUGCGUCAUAUUGCGUGUAGAAGUUAUCGAGGAGCAAGUUAAUACUGACCCCCGCGAGGCGCUGCGCGCGCUGGGCGGCGCGGCGCGCGCGCUGCUGCAGGACGCGCAGGAGCGGCUCGUGUUCCGCGCGCACGUGCACCUGCGCGCCGACGUGCUGCACUACCGCGCCGCGCCCGGCGACCUCGCCUACCCCGACAAGCUCGAGAUGAUGGAGCAAAUCGCGUUAUCCAUCCAAGAGCAGAGUUUAAAACGAAGCGAUUCCCGCAACUCAAUGGUAUCUGACAUUUCUGCUACUUCCCAAGAAGUAGCCAAUAUCAAUGUGGACGCCCAACGAAGGCCCCAAGCCUCCCCAGCUGAUCUUCACGGCAUGUGGUAUCCAGCAGUGAGAAGGACAUUAGCAGCACUUUCGAGACUAUACAGAUGUCUGGAAAAGAAAGUGUUCCAAGGAUUAGCCCAAGAGGCGAUAUCACUCUGUGUACAAAGCAUAGAUAAUGCAGCGCAGCAGAUUUCAGCGAGCAGAACAAGCAUAGAUGGAGAACUCUUCCAAAUAAAACAUUUGUUAAUCCUGAGAGAACAAAUUGCACCUUUCCAAGUGGAUUUUGUAAUUAAAGAAACCGUAUUAGACUUUAGUAAUGUCAAAAAUGCCGCGUACGGUUUGAUACAGAAACCCAGACAGAUAUUUUCAUUGAAUACCAACAAUGCAUUGCUAGAGUUCCUUCUAGAAGGUACACCGAUGGUGAAGGAGCAUCUCUUGGACUCCAGAAAAGAAGUAGAUAGGCAGUUAAAGGCCUGCUGUGAGAUGUUUAUUAAGGAUGCUACUGAGUUAUUAGCUGGACCACUGAUUACUUAUAUUGAAAAGGCUCAAGCAUUCACACCUAUUGAACAGUUGAAAUCCCAACCGUGGGCGACGCCGGAGGAGACUGCGACAGUAGUGAAGGAAGCCCAGAAGAGAAUCAAGAUGCACCUUGCACCUUUACAACGCUCUAUGCAACUGUAUCUAGCAAAUAAGGAGACAGAAUUUAUACUCUUCAGACCAAUAAGAAAUAAUGUCGUCGGUUACUUCGUACAAAUUGAACAAACUCUCACAAAUGCUGGUUACUCCUACGAAGAUACUCUCAUAGUCGCCUGCCCAACUCCUGAACAGGUGUCCGUCUUUAUUUCCUCUGCUAGUCUAAUAAGCCACAACGAGCCAGUGUUACCAUACGGCAAAAAGAGGAAGACCAGUACAGUGCGCAAGCCCAGUAUUGCCAGCGUGCAAGAGAAAGAAGAAAAACCCACAAUUGAACCCACUGGCUCUGCUAAUGUGUAAUUUAUAUUAAAAAAGCUAUCAAAUAUUAAAUAUGUCUAAAUAAGUUUUAAUAAAAUGUAAAAAUAUUUAUGAAAUGA